AUGGCAGCCCACCAACCCAUCGCACCUCCCGUACUAUCUACCCCCGAAACCCACCUCUUCUCCGACCCCACGCCUUUAGCUAUCCCAACAAAAGAAUCCCGACUUUCAAACGAUGAAAUCCGAGAAACGUAUGAAAUCGAGCGGACGGCGCGGGAAAUAAUACAAGGAGCAUGGCGACGUGUUGCGCUUCAAUUUCCGGAUGAGAUGCUAGUUGAUGCGCCGAGGGUCUUUGAGGGGCUGGCUUCAGAGCUAGAAAAUCUAUCGCAAGAGGGAGGGGAAGAGGGAAACAGGAGCACCAGGAGGAGACUUUAUAUCCUGGCAGAUACGAGUUACGGAUGCUGCUGCGUGGAUGAAAUAGCCGCAGAACACGUCGAUGCUGAAGUAGUGGUACAUUACGGACGCGCAUGUUUGAGUCCUACAGCGAGGUUGCCGGUCCUCUAUGUGUUUACUUCACGAAAACUAGACGCGGAUGAUGCGGCGAGCGGAUUUGAGGAGAGCUUUGAUAGCAAGGAGGAGAAGGUGAUCAUGAUGGCAGAUUUGACCUACCAGUCGCAUGUCAAGCCAUUGGUUGAACGGUUAAGGAAGAGUGGGUGGAAGAAUGUAAGAGAGACAGCGGUUAUUCAUGAUCCAGUGGCGGAGAUACCGAAUCGCAAGAUCGUCUGGGAAGAGGGGGAAGAAGGCAAGGAGCCGUUGCAGGAGUGGAGGAUAUGGCAUAUUUCUGACCCGCCACCUGCGCUACUUCUGACGCUCAGUUCACGGAUCAAAGAACUCCUAAUAUAUCCCACCACGGCCUCUACAUCUCCAUCAAAACCUGGACCAAAAAACCAAAUCAUAAGAUCUAACACUACGGCCGUCCUCCGCCGCCGCUACGCCCUCCUCACACGUCUCACCACGGUCCCCAUAAUCGGCAUCCUGAUAAACACACUCAGCGUAGCGAACUACCUCUCCUCCACCGGCACCUUACAAGCCAUGAUCUCGCGCGCGGGGAAGAAAAGCUACACUUUCGUCGUGGGAAAGGUGAAUGCAGCCAAAAUGGCUAAUUUUAGCGAGGUGGGGGCUUGGGUGGUCCUGGGGUGUUGGGAGAGUAGUUUGCUGGAAGGGGAUUUCUAUGCGCCUGUUGUGACGCCGUUUGAGUUGGAGCUUGCGUUGCAGAAGGAUGGGGAGAGGGUGUGGAGUGGGGAGUGGAGGGGGGAUUUCGAGAGUGUGUUGUGGACAGGUGGGACAUCAGAUGUUGUGGGGAAUGGCGGAGAGAAAAAAGAGGUUGAUGACGGCUCGCUCAUUGGGGAAAAGCAGCAGCAGGAUGAUGAGGACAACGAUGAGAGUGAGGAGGAAUCCCAACCCCCAGAAUUCGACCUACGAACCGGACGGUACGUCUCGCACUCUCGGCCCAUGUUUUCGUCCUCAACCUCUGCUUCCACUACUACCACCACCCCCUCUUCAUCUGAUCCCCCAACAUCAAAGGUUCUCGCACGCAGAGCCAAAGGCGAUUUAGCGACGGUUAAUGGCGCGGUUAGUCCGGGUGCGGAAUUCUUGAGGAGUCAGAGGACUUGGACCGGGCUGGGGAGUGACUUUAACGAUGAAGGGGAUGGGGAUGGGGAUAGCGCAGGGAGGAUUGAGGAGGGGAGAGGAGGGAUUGCAAGAGGGUAUACUGUUGGUGGAGAGGGUGUUAGAAGGUAG